AUGGCGGAAUCAAAUUUGAACCAGAAAUCACCUGAACGAAAUACUUCUGUUUCGCCUAAUCCUAGCUUAGCUCCAGUUCUUUACUUUCUUUCAUCGUCGGAUUCACAUCCCGAAAGUUCUUUUCGGCGUUACUCGUUUACCGGUGCUCCACAUUCACAGAAAUCUAAAGGACGUUUUUCAAAAAGAGAGACUCCUAUCGAACUUUCGCAACACACACCCGAAAUCUCGAUAAAUAUAGAUUAUAACAAUGAAAAAACGGACCACCAUGUUGAUAGGCUUCCACUCGAUCUUUUUAUCUGUGCUAUCUUUACGUUGGAAUACGUCGGGAAAUUAUAUGCUUCAGUUGAUCGAAUUAGAUUUGUAUUUCGAUUUUGGAAUAUCAUUGAUCUUCUCUCAAUCAUUCCUUUUUACUUGGAUUUGAUAAUUCCUAUCACAACAGGGAUUACGACACGUGUCUUCAAACUCUCACUCGUUCAAAUAGCCAUGAUGUCGAUUUGGGUCUUUACUAUUGUAAUCACCUCGUCAACUAUCAUGUAUUAUCUUGAACGUGGCGAUUUUAAUCACGACGAUCUUACUUGGUAUCGAGCCGGAAGUGACGGGCAAGUGGAGCCAAGUCCAUAUCAAUCAAUUAUUCACAGUUUCUGGUGGUCAGUCGUGACAAUCACUACGACCGGUUAUGGUGAUGCUGUUCCUAUAACAGGUUGGGGAAAAUUUAUCGCAGGGAUCACAAUGUUGUGCGGCAUCCUGUUAAUUGCUAUACCAACUUCAAUUAUCGGGUCUAAUUAUGUAAACGAGUGGGCUUUAUAUCGACGCAUCGAAUUCCAGGAGCGAUUACGAAAAACUCGAGAAAGAGCAAACGAAACAAUUGCAUUUACCGGAGGCAAAACCAAACAAAUCGAGAUUCUUCGAAAUCAGAACCAAACAAUGUUAGAAGCUCUAGCAGAGAUUCAAGAAAAGUUAACUGACAUUAAUCCACCUCGUUACUGGCAAAAAUACAAAACUUUGCAAAAGGAUUAUGAGAACGCCUUGAUAAGGAUCUCGCAUUUGGAAAAAGAUGUAUCGAAGUGGAAGCGGAUAGCUGAAAACCUCGAUCGUUUUAACGGAAAAAUUUUUCCUGGAUCAAGAAAGUAUGACGAGAUGAAGAAUGUCGAUGGAGAAUUUGGUGGUGCUGGUAAAUGCGAACAGAAAAAUUCUAGAGAUGAUGGCUUGCACAUAUCGGGAAAGAUGUGGGAGAAACUCAAACCAAUAAGAUAUAACACCACGUCAGAAGUACGAAAUUAUAGUGAUCAAGAAAUGAAGAGCCAAAAAGAGAACAAUUCAAAAUCCAAAAAACCAGCAAAAGGUACUUCACGGUUUUACAUAAAACUACCAUUAGGAAGACGAAAGGAACCUCACAACGAAAGCUCUCCUCAUAGCAUUGAUAAAGCAAACAUCGGUUCUCCUAUUGAUCUAUAUUCUAAUUCUAACCCAAUAAUUCCAGACGAAAACUCGAGUAUCAAUUUAAAUGAGACUAAUAAAAUGUUAUCGGAAAACAAUUCUGAUUCUGAGGACAAUUUACAGAGUAUUAUGACAUUUCCCAGAAGAGUUAGAGAUCUUAAACGAGCGAAUACAACUAUAUUACCUCGCCAAUAUAUGGUCGAAAAAAAUAAAACUUACAACUCGCCAUUGGAUUUAUUUAAAAAUGAGACAGAAAAGCGAGAGCCAGUUGCACUAAAUGCAAAGAAUCUCGAUAAAUCCGAUUCAAAGACAAGUUUAGAUGCAGAUACUCGAACUACUUUAACCAAUAUACCAACAAUCUCAGUUUCUCCAAAACAACCUUCCUUACUAAAAAUUAUGACCCAACACCAAAUCGACAAUUCCGGUCUUGAAGCAGCUUCAGAGAAUGCGAAAAAUGAAGAACGACUUGAGCAUAAUAAACCAACUUAUGUUAAAUUUUUAUCAGAAUCACCAACAGAUGAGUCAAAAUCACAUGAUUUUAACUCGGCAACCUAA